AUGCGGACAGAUCGCGGCCGUCGGAUCCACAUGAAAAAGUUCGGCACGUUUCUUGAGCGGCCAAUCUAUGUCAACCCUCCCCCAUCUGUAUUCCAGUCACUCCUAGCCACAUUGGCUUCCCUCAGAGCCCGCGGUAGUCUCGUUGCCGCAAUUUCUCGCUCUCUCGCCUUGCGCGCAUAUUGUCCAAACCUUGUAUCUACGGGCGUCAUCUCCGCAACCGCAUUUUACAGCACCAGCAUCGGCCGACCAUUUUCGACGCCCCAUCACCAGACUCCUCGUUCAAGAACAGACUCUACAGCCAGAAAACCACCGCCCCCUGUUCGACCCAAGCUCCGCGCUCGAAGCCGUCCGACCAAAUCGUUGACGAGUUUGAAGAUCCCGUCGAGUCAGCGCCUUCUCCCAUAUACCGCGCUUUCUGCUCCCGAGCAAGAGAGAUAUAUUCUCUGUGAUCCCAAACGAUUCGAAAAUCCCGACGUUGCCAAAGUUGAGAUCCCUCCACAGGGCAUCUUCCCAAUGAAGGCGUGGUUUGAAGUCAUCACUACCCCGACGGCCGAUACGCCGGGCACGGUCAUCGGCCUCCAUUUCCCCGACAAGCGUUACCUGUUCGGUCAAUUGGCAGAAGGCACCCAACGGGCGUGCACGGAAAGAUCGCAUAAGCUGGCUUCGAUUGCGGACAUUUUCGUCACGGGCCGCACAGAAUGGGCGAACACGGGAGGCAUGAUUGGUGUGAUUUUGACACAGGCAGAUGCGCUCAAGUCUUCAAACGAGGCGUUGGAGGAGGAUAAUCGGAGAAAAGCAGAGCGAAAGGCUCUGGGGACACAGGCGACGAACAAAAACAGCAAAGAGGCGUCGGGCACGACCGAGGUGCGGAAACAGAAUGUGACUGUGCAUGGAGCUACCAAUCUGAUGCAUACUAUGGCUACUGCGCGGCGAUUUGUCUUCCGCACAGGCAUGCCCAUUUACUUAAAGGAGUACGAUUCUGCGAGCAUGACGAAACGGCCAUCCUUGAGUCAGGAUGAUCCUUUCGAGAAGCCCACCUUUGUGGACUCUAACAUCAAAGUGUGGGCCAUGCCUCUGAAGCCAUAUUCCAAUGAGACGAGGGUGAUGAACGCGCAAAGUCCUCGGAAGCGAAGUCUGGACGAGUUUCAAGAGAACGACCAGCAGCUUGAUCAGCAGGCGCAGAACCAGUUGAUCAGACAAUCUAUCGUCUCCGACAUGUUUGAUUCGGAUUGGAAGAUGGAUACGCUCAUCGAAACCCCCUUGGCGGAAGUGAAGAUGCCUGCCGCUCUCUUUGUUCGCAACCCCCAGACCAAGGACCUUGAACCUUACAAAGGACCGAUUCCCGGUGACAAGGAUCCCUUACCAGACAUCAAGGUCCUUGUUCGGAAGCCCUGGCCUGGAGCCACCAUCACCUCCCUCCCACCAACCUCACCCUCAAAGGAAGCCGUCUCCUAUAUCAUCCGCAGUCAUGAUAUCAGAGGAAAAUUUGACCCCGUCAAGGCGGGGAAACUGGGUGUCCCCAAAGGUGCAGACUUUGCUCGACUUGCGAAGGGAGAAACUGUUCAGACUGCGAAUGGGAACACUGUGACUCCAGACAUGGUGCUGGGUGAGACUCGGCGCGGGAAAGGUCUUGCGGUGAUCGAUCUCCCCGGCCCAGAGUACGUUGAAGAUCUGGUGAACCGUCCCGAGUGGAACUCGCCCUCUGUGACCACUGAGCUCAAAGUGAUCAUUUGGAUCUUGGGACGGGGCGUCGGUGAACAUCCAAAACUUCGCGAAUUCGUUAAUCGCAUGUCUCACGUGAAGCAUACUGUCUCUAGUGUGGACUAUUGCCCCAAUUAUCUCGCCUUUAACAGUGCUGCCGGUGCAGCGGUGCGACUUGCCCGUCUCAGGGGGGAAAACUAUCCGAUUCCCGUUCAUGACAAUGUCAAGGUACCACAGGAAGGAAAUUCCUCUUUACAUUCCAUCGCCGAGGAGAGCUCUUCAUUUGAGCCUCUUCAGCCUGGCCUGAUCAUUGAUAUGGAGCCGCAAUUCCAGUUCAACACCAGCGAAGUUGUGACGCCUUUGAACACCGCAAAGACCGUUUUCCAAAUUCCUCGUUCUGUUGAGAAGCGUAUGGAAGUUAUCCGAACGCGUGUCAAGAAACCAGCUUUCCAGCAACAACUUGCUGCAAUGCGUAAGGAUCUUCCUGGUGCUGAUGUCGAGGUUGUCGCCUUGGGCACUGGUUCGUCAUCACCCUCGAAGUACCGUAAUGUUUCUGCCACCCUACUUCACAUCCCGGGCUAUGGAUACUACCUCCUGGACUGCGGUGAGAACACCCUCGGGCAAAUCAAGCGUGUUUACGGAUAUGAAAAGACCAGGGAGAUUCUGCAAAAUCUGCGCAUGAUCUGGAUCAGUCACCUACACGCCGAUCAUCAUCUCGGCACGGCAUCCCUGAUCAGGGCUUGGUACGAAGAGAACUACGGUUCGACAGAGGGUCCGUCAGCCGAAGCUGAGGCUGAUGUGACCAAGGUUCUCCAAGGGAAACGACUGGCUGUCGUUUCUGACGAGAUGAUGAUCGCUUGGUUGGAGGAGUAUGCCGCCGUGGAGAACUUUGGAUUCGACAAGCUCAUUCCGCUGUGCGCGCAUCCCGACCCCGCCGGACCAUUUAUUCGAACGAGAUUCUCCUACCGGCACCGUCGCAAUGGCGAAGGACCCUACGGAGAUCAAUCACUGACGGGGCGGACUGUGCUAGAUUUCAAAGACGAAAGCUCUCCUCUCACGCCGCUUUUGAAGUCUGCUCUGGGCGUAGAGGAAAUUCUCACGACUCGCGUGAAGCACUGCAAGGGUGCCCUCGCCGUGUCGUUUAUGUUCUCGAACGGUUUCAAGGUUUCGUACUCUGGUGACUGCCGACCGUCGGAUAAGUUUGCUUCGAUUGGCAAAGGCUCUACGCUGCUGAUCCACGAAGCUACUUUCCAAAAUGACAUGGUGGGCUCUGCUCUCGCCAAGCGUCAUUCCACGGCGGCCGAGGCUCUAGAGGUUGGCCGUCGCAUGGGGGCCCGCUCUAUUUUCCUCACUCAUUUCAGCCAGCGCUAUCAGAAGAUUGCCCUUAUCGACCAGAAUGCAGGAACCUGCAAGCAUGACAGUGCAGAUGCCUCGGAUCCGGUCGAAAAGAAGAUGGUCGUCACAAGACCAGCCAAGGAAACCAGUGAUCCCGAUAUUCCCCUCGACGUACCUGAGGAAAGCCAAGCUAGUCUGCAGUCUGCCGCUCAUCUCCUUGAUGAUAUUCAUUUCCCACUGCCACAUCGCCCCGGACUUCCCCGCAGUGAUCUCGUCCCUGGUCGGGACAUCCCCAUUGCCGCGGCGAUGGACUAUAUGCGCGUCAAGGUCGGUGACCUCGCUCUGGCGCAGGCCUAUGCCCCUGCCGUUGAGCGACUUGUUGAACUUUUGGAGCGCGAUGUCAUUCAACAAGCUGAGAUCAACAAGAAGGCCAUUCGGGAGGCGGAGCUAGCCCGAAAAGAGCAAAAAAAUAAGAAGUUUGCUGGCAAGAAGGCCGCGGGCGGAACUGGGGUUGCUGCUGGCGGUGGUGCUACUACUGUCGCCGUUGUCGCAAGCCAGGACGGAGAGGAGAAAAAGGAUGAGCCUGCAGCGCCCGAACAUUCCAUUUGGAGUGCAAGCGAGAGCGAAGAUGGAUGGGACACGAGUGAUUAUGAGGAGUAG